AUGGGGAGGACAAAAUCUUUGUCCUCUCCACAUAUAAGCGCCGACCUCGAGGACGUCUCACCCGCUGAGGGGAGAGACGCCUCGGCUUACAGGAAGGGGCCGAGCGCAGGAACCGGGGGACUCGAGCUCUUCAGCUCGAGCGACCCCCUGGUUUCUCUGCACGACAUAGGCCGAGACCCAAAGGUCGGAAAGGCCUUGCCCACCCUUGGGGAUUUCCUCCCCACUAAGGUGGACAAACCCGCCGGUGCCGCGAGUACGAGGCCUGGCCCUGCCUCGAGCAAAGUGCCAAAGCCCCAGAAGAGUAGGCCAGGCACGAGCUCGUCGGCCAAAGGAGAUACACCUGAACCUUCUGGGCUAGGGAAAAAGAGGGCAGCUACCUUUUACCUGUCCUCUUCUUCUGAAGACAACAAAGGCCCAACCAAAAAGGGACGCGGGAGGCCGGCCAAAGACCCCUCCCACGAAGGGCAAUUCACUGCUGAGGCCCUUAAGAGAAAGGCCGAGGCAGAGAAGGCCAAACAAGUUAGGAGGGAUCACAGGGCUAUCCUCAAUCCAGACGUGAGGACCACCUCUGAGCGCGCUACGAGGGCGCAGAACGAAGCCCUCGAGCGAGCUGAGGAGCUGGAAGCACAGCCCCUGGCGGCUAUCAUGUCCAAUGGCUUGGGCAUAAUAGCCAAGUCCGUGGAGCGGUCCGGUAACCUUCAAGGCACCGUCAGGAGGGACCUUUGGGCCGCGUACACGGAACUAACGGCUGGCCUGACCGCCAUCGUGGCCCGGCAGGGCGAAAGCGACGAGGCCCGGCUUCGUAGGGAAGAGAGCGCGGCAUUAUCCAAAGCCAGGGCCAAAUGGGCCAAAGAAAGGGCAAAACUGGAGGCUAAGCUCGGCCUAUUGAGAGCCCGGGUCGAGCGGCUCCAGAGCCCUUUCCCAGCCCAAACCGGGGAAACCACAGAUGUGGAGGUCCAGACGGACCUCGACGAGGAGAUCUCAUGGACCCUGGAGGGGCCACCCUCCCACAUGACAGGCCCAACUGUGGACCUGGGCAUGCGAGUGGAGGGGCCCCCCGCCUCGGAGCCCCCUCAAUCGAUGAGCGGUGCGACCAUGCGACCCAAAACAGGGCCGAUGGUCGUCUCCGUGGAGACUUUAAAAGAGCCCCUGGUCAUAACGGCCAGGGACUUUAAAAAGCCCUACUACCGUCCGCCGCUGCAGGGGAUCAGCAAACAGCUGAACCCCCUGUCAAAAGCGGCUGACCGGGUCGGGGAGGGCGGGAGAAAGGAGAAGAAGAGGGCAAAAGCCCUGACCGAGGACGGCCUCAAGGAGGCUCUUUCCAGAGUCCUCCCGGCCGUCCUUGCCGAGAUGGGGCUCCUCCCCGCCCCUAGGGUGGCAGAGAGGCCCAGGGCGCCCCCGACUGCGGGCAAGACUGCCAGGCAGUCCGGGGUCGCCCCCCAGAAGGGAGCGGGCAACGCGGUAGCAACGGCCGCGAGGCCCGCUCCGACGCAGAAGGAGGCCACCCCGUCCAUACUAGAGUUAUGGACGGAGGUGGUAUCCAAAAAGUCGAAGAGGAAGGCCGCCAAAGCCGUCGAGGAGGCGGCAAAGACGGCACCAACGACGAAGAGGCCGAAGAGGAAGAAAAGGGGCGGGCGUGGAGGAGGUCAGGGGGGACCAGGGGUACAAACCCAGGGCGGUGCUGGCUCCCCGGGUCCGGCCAGGUCCACCAAAAUAAGGCCGCCGACAACGGCGGCUGUUACGGUGACCUGCGCGGACCCAGCAGCAUACGCGCAGGUCCUCAGGACCGCGAGGGAGAGGGUGGAUCUCUCCUCCCUCGGGAUUGAGGACCUGCGCCCCCGCAGGGCUGUAACUGGCGCCCUAAUUCUCGAAGUCAGGGGUGCCGACAACAGUGCCAAGGCCGACGCCCUGGCCGAGGGGAUUAGGGCAGCCCUCGGAGAAACCGACGAGAUCAAGGACGAGUGGGUGGGCCGCCCGUUUGGCGGCCUGUCCUACAGGACGACACAGGUGCUCAUCGGGCAUGGCUGCUUCGGUGAGUACCUGUGCAGGAUAAGGAAGGAACCGACGACACGGUGCCAUCACUGUGGCGCCGCCCGGGACUCGCACACGUUGGAAGAGUGUCCAGCGUGGGAAGGGCUGCGCGGAGUCCUGAGGGCCGAAGUGGGAGAUGACCUCUCCCUGCCGGCCAUCAUUGGUCAGAUGGUCGGCAGGGAGAGUGCCUGGAAAGCGGUCUCCUCCUUCUGCGAGCAAGUAAUGCUGCAGAAGGAGGAGGCCGAGAAGGUGAGAGAGAGGCGGCCGGGGGGACGAAUGCCUCCUGGCAGCGCCAACAGUGGCAGGGGCGGCAGGGACGAGAGCCAUGACCCAACUUGGCUCCCGCCCCGGCCGCCCAGGCGAAGAAGAACUGCCCCCCGUCCUCCGGGC